CUUCUUUUCUUUUGUGGCCUAACUCCAACCAACCCAGUUGAAUACUCUCACAUUCCAAUGCUUUUCUUCUGGAUAACUUGCUUCUCUAUCAUUCUACUCUGCAAAUCCUUUCUCAAGCCACUCCCAACUUGGACAAGGAAGAUGAACUUUUUUCCACCAUCCUGGUUUUUGAGACUACUGUCCCCAUUUUUCACCUCAAGGUUCAAAAAUAGAACAAAGACUGCUAUUAGUUUCCUUCAAGUUCUAAAGUACAAGAUUGGUCCAAAACCAAAAGCAGAAAAUGUAGAAGAGAAAGAAGAAAUUUCGUUAUUGGAUUUGCCUGAUUUGGCCUUGGAAUGCAUUCUUGAAAGGCUUUCGCCACCCGGGCUAUGUAGCAUGGGGGCAGUAUGCUGUUCAUUGAGAGAGAGAUGCAGAAUUGAUCACUUAUGGGAGAGACACAUGAAACAGAAAUGGAGUAGAGUGAUUGGUGAUGCUGCCUUGAGGGAAUGGCAACGCCACAUUGCUUCAAGAAAGAGAGAAACCAUCUUGGAUUGCAAGAAGGAAAACAAAGGAUUACUUGGGAAAUUUUCCAGUGUCUGGUCUAUUUUUAGGAAUAGAUCAGAGUUGGAUGGCAGUCGUGAGCAGGGGAGUUCUUUGCCUGUUGAUUCCAUCAUGUCUCAGUAUCUUUCUCUUGAAAGGGGCAAGUUCUGGUUCCCUGCUCAGGUCUAUAACCGUGAGAAUGGGCUUGUUGGAUUUAUGCUGUCGUGUUACGAUGCUGAACUUCGCUAUGAUCAUCGCACAGACACCUUUAGAGCAAGGUACUCAUCACAUGGACGACAAAUUAUAGAGGACAAUGUCGAGUGGAAUAGGCUAAGACCACCGGCUGUCAAUACUCCACCAACUGUUCUUCAUGUAUCUGACUGUCUAAAUGAUUUAAAACCAGGAGAUCACAUUGAAAUUCAGUGGAGACGAAACAAAGAGUUCGCUUAUGGUGUGUCUUUUGGAGCGUACUACCUUUAAAGAUCGAAUCUGUCAAAAUUGGAGACUUUUUUUUCUUGAAUUGGUCACGAUGAUGUUUUCUAGUUGCACUAAUAGAUGGGGGCUCAAUAAUCUUUGCUACAUUUAUCGCAGGUUGGUGGUAUGGAGUUGUUAGACAUUUGGAAUUGUGUGACGGGAGCGAAUUUCAUUGCCAAUGUGACAGUAGUGACACAGUAACACUGGAGUUCAAGCAGUACGCCCCUGGCUCACGAUGGAGACGAACAAUGAUAAAUAGGAAGGAUCAUCGAGAAGUAGGCAAUGAAGCAGACGGGUUUUGUGGAGGAAUCAGAAAGCUUUACGACGAAGAAGAGGUCUCAAUGUGGAAGCAACACUGGCCGACACAAGCCUCACAAUAGUUUUGCACACAUCCCUUAAUCAUCACUCAUAGCUCCUCUAGAAGGAAGUAUUGUUUCUAACUAUAUAUAAAACCUUUAGGAUGUGAUAAUUAGGCUUCUGUUUUUGUUUAGUUAGAUGCUGAGGCAUUGGAUGUAGUCUAAUAAAAUGUACAAGUCUACAAGGAUAUCUAAAUUUCUAAUGAAUAAUAUAAUUCUAGGUCGGAAAAACAAAUCUACUCUUAAUGUUUCAGAUGUC